AUGCCCUCCGUCCAUCGUCCAGACAUCAAUACCUACUACAAGGAGCCAGAGGCUUGUCGCGAUGCAGGAACCAAGUACAAGAGGCAUUACAUGUGGCCGCAUAUCGACCAGGAGGACCUCUCGGAUGCCAGACCAUUGCUGUUGCUGCUUAAUGCGCGCGGUCGCCAUCCUCUCUCAGCCUUUGCUGCCGCCAAUAUUGUUGGCAUGCGCUUCGGAUUCACGAGCAGGGCUAUCGUUCCCAACAUUCUCAACCGGCAUGUCCUCAAACGAAGAACACCCGGGAGUAUGCAAUUCAUGCCUGAGGAGGGACUGCUCGUCCUCGAAGCAGAGAGAAAGAUCCUCGCUUUUCUCGAAAAAUGUUGUCGGCUGAUCCAUCUUGAUAUCCCGGAAGACACGAUUGUUAGUGAUUCGUUGCCGAUCCAGCCAGAGCCUCAGCUCAAGCGUGAAAGCGAGCUAACCGGCUUCGACUCGCUCGCUGUGAUGGCAGUAGAAGCACCAUAUCGUGUUCCCGCGAAGCUAAAUCUUGAUCGCAUUUAUUCACUUCUUCAUGCCAAGGCAUCUGCGGCCGAGGACCAUCUUUGGUCUUUGCGCGAGAACCCUGGCUACUUUACUUCCACGUUUCACGACACGAAGGAGCAUCGCCUGGAAAUCAUCAAGGAUUGGAAUGGCGGUACCCACCCAGAGUGA